AUGGCCGCUCAAAUGCGACUGAUAUUUCUGCUAGUCGCGUCGGUUCUUCUCGACGCGAGUUUCGCCCUUCCCGCCAAUAUCGAAGCCAAUAACGAUGGUGAUGACAGGUUAUCGGUGAACAUCGACGAACUCCUCGACUCGAUAUUGCCCACGUUACAGGAUCUUAUUUUGAAACAGGGAUUGGAUCCUUUGAAAAUGGAUGAUUUCUCUCAUAAUCUGAAAGGAAUAAUCAGCCACGAUGGAGUUUUUCAGCUUACGAACGGCUGGUUGCAAGGGCUGUCCGUUAUAAAGCGCGCCGGUAAUGCCAUUCUAUCCUACGGAGAUAGACGCCUGACUGUGGAUGCGAUGCUGAAUCUCGAAGUUCUGGAUAUGAACUACCAUUAUCUAUUGAAAUAUUCGUUGAUAUCGCGGAAGGGUGAGUUCCGCGGUCGCUUCCAGAACAUGAAGAUCCGUGUUGUAUUGUCGCUGGACACGCAGAAUUAUAAACUUGUUGUGGAUUCACUAAGAGUUACCGGCGUUGAAAAAAUGACAGUGAAACUGGAGGGCAACGUGAUUGAUCCUAUUUUAAAUCAAGUGCUCAAAAGUGUUGUGAAGAGUUUCAGAAACGACGUGAUAAACAUGAUCGAACAACAAUGUUUACCUAUCUUCCAAUCGCUCGUGAAUCGUAUCAACGAUAAGAUUCCACGGCCGGAUCGUCCAAUGGCAGAGUACAGCAAUGAAAAUCUGGAGGACAUACCGACUGUGAUCGAGUUCCUUCUCGUCUAACAUUUCCUUGAACGUGUUUUUUUUAUUCCUGUCGAUUGACUAUCUAGAAUGUAUGCAUCGGGAAACAUAGACGUUCAAUUUAACAAUAAAGAAUUGUUAUCUAUCA